CUCCUUGAUACCCACAGACGCAAACACAGCGUCUGACGACAUUACAUCAUGGUCUCUUCAACAGCAGUCAACCGACCGGUGGACCUGAAGCAAAAGGAGGCCGAUGUCAACAACAAGCUCCAGCUGUUCGGCAUCUUCCAAGCGUUCUCAAACGGCAAGGUCCCAUCUAACAAGCAGAUUGACAUUGCGCUCAACACCGCCAUUUCACACAAGGCUCUUGGUACGCCAUCAAAGAAGCUCUCUAGCGAGGGCCAGACCCUUGUCCAUGACCUGAGGAGAGUCAUCGAGCAGGCCAAGAUCUUGCUGUUGACUAAGAACGAGGGCAAUCUCCUCCAGGACUUCAUCUGGCAAGCCGAACAGAUCAGUGGUGGCAACGCUUCUCUACCCAACGCACCUGUCGACAAGGAUUCGGCUCGUCGUGAGGGCAAUGAGGCGCUCCAAGGGUUCCGUACCUUGGGUACGCUCAUCCUCUCCAACGGUCAAUUCCGGAAACUCCUCUCGGAUGCUUCGGUCCUAUUGCGAGAUAUCGCUGGCGAUGCCGCGCAGAACACAGCCAACAAGGUCAAGCCCUCGGAAGACCGACUCAACCGCUUGGACGAGCCCGCUGAGGACAACACCUGGCAUGAUGUCCCCAGCAGGGGUGAUCUCCGAGACAGGGCGAAGCAAAAUCUGCCCAACAUCGGAAAGCAGGAUAUGAAGAGGGCUGCCGGCGACGUCAACCAGGCUGCGUCGGGCUCUCGUGAUCCUCGUGAUACAGCGGAGCGUGCGGGCCAUGAGGGACGAACCGGCGAUUCCACUGGUAUGGAUGCUCGCUCAGGCGCCCACGAGGCUAAGCAAAAGCUCCGAGAGAACAUCCCGGAAGAAAACAAGGAGCAAGCUCGUGCUCGCAAGGACCAGCUGAGCAACUACCUGGGUAAGAAGAUGCCCGAAGAGCGCCGUGAUCAGACCAUCUGGCGUCUCAAGAAGAUGGUUGUCGAGAUCCAGGGACACCAGGACUACCAACAAGCUAUCGAGACUCUCCUUACUCUCGCCGAGAAGUAUGCCAACCACGGCAAGAACGUUGGCCAACAGGGCAUGGGAUCCGUUCAAGGUGCGCAUCAGGACGAUUCGCUCCGAAUCGCUGAAGCUGAUCUGAAGACCUUGUUGGAGCGAUUUGCCAACAGCACCUCGUUCGAUGACCUCAUUGAGUCCAUCGGCGACAUCUACAAGGCUGCUGACCGGGAUCCCGAGCUCAGGCGCUGGUUCACGCGCCUAGAUUCUUUCAUUCGCAGGUCUCUCCAGCGACAAGGCUUCAUCUUGGAGGAUCAGUGGAAUGAAGAGUGGAGCAGUAUUUAUGACGAGGGCCACAACCUGCUUCGCGGCCGCUACCGUGGUCUCACUGACCGCGUUACCGACGAGUUCCAGUACAUUGGCGAGCAAUUCGACGCAGAUGAGCAGAACACUGCUUUCGCCAACUCCGUCAACAAGCUCUUCGCCGAUCUUGGUCAAGAUGAGAACGGCCAGACCACCUUCAAGCCCCACCUCUUGAAGGAUGUCACCGAAGUCAUUCUUCCAGGGUUCUUCGAGAGCGUUCAGUACAUCCCUAUCCCACGUAUUGAGUACAGCGACAACAUGGUCGACGCUAUUGUUGAGAACCUUGUCAUUGAGGGUGACAACCUUACUCCCAACUCCAUCGAGUUUGGCUCGGACAACUUCUGGCGCUGGGGCCGCAAGACAGUUUCAAGCACGAGCAAGAACAAGAUGAUGCUCUCUGUGUCUGGUGUGCAGAUGGACCUGAGGGAUGUCUCGUACUAUGUCAAGCGUAAGCAGGGUUUCCCCUCCAUCACUGAUAUGGGUGUCAUGGACAUCUUUAUGGGUGGUUCCGGAUUCAGCUUCAAGGUUGAGAUGGAGACUGCCGACAGGGCUCGUGAAAACCACGCACAGACCCACUUCUUCAAGGUCACCAAGGUUGAUACCGAUGUCAGCAAUCUGUCCGUCAAGAUCAAGAAGAGCAACCACAAGCUCCUCUUCAGCAUGUUCAAGCCCUUGCUCCUCAAGGUUAUGCGCCCCGUCAUCCAGCGCGUAUUGGAGAAGCAGAUUAAGGACUCCGUCAACCAGCUUGAUGGUAUGCUUUACGACGUCAAGGUUGAGGCCGAUCGCGCUGAGGCUGAGGCCAAGCGUAACCCUGACCCUCAGAACCUCCAAAACAUGUACCAGCGAUACGCUUCUGCUGUCCAGAAGCGCGUCAUGCAGGGCAAGCAGAAGAAGGAGCAGAUGAAGGAGAAGACCAAGGAUACCCAGGUCAAUGUGGCCAUGACCCAACACGACUCCAUGUUCAAGAACAUCUCGCUGCCUGGUGGCAUCUCUACCAAGGCUACCGAGUACAAGGAGCUCGCGGCGAAGGGUGAUAAGUGGGAGAGCCCCAUCUUCUCCAUCGGCUCGGGCAGGGAAUCGUCAAGUUUGCCCAAGCUUGCUCACGUCUCUCGCAAGCCCCACGGACGCGCUGGAGGCUACGGUCCCCGUCCUGAUCAGCAAGGCUCUUCCGGCGUUGGAAACAACCAGUAUGACAACACCAGCCGUGGUCAGUACGAUGAUACCAGCCGUGGCCAGUACGACGAUACUAGCCGUGGGCAAUAUGAUGGCACCAGCCAAGGCUACGGUUCCCACCCUAGCGAACUCAGCGGUACCAACCAAGGCCUCGGUGGAAUCGGUAGCACUGGCCAGGGUCUUGGUGGAUCUGGUCUCCCUGGCACUCAUCACUCUGGCCAGGGCCUCACUGGCCAAGGUCUUGACGGUCAGGGUUACGGCGGACAGGGUGUUACUGGUCAUGAUUACGCUGGUCAGGGACUUACCGGCCAAGGAUACGGCCAAGGCCAGGGUCUUACCGGUCAGGGACUCACUGGUCAGGGACAUGCUGGACAGGGUCUUGCUGGUCAGAUGGACCACGCAUUCAACCCUAACACCCCCGGCGGCAUUGGCGGUACCACUGGUUCCACUGGCCUUCCUGGCGCUACUGGCACUUCUCCUACUCAGGGCACAGGGCACUACAACACUGCAUUUGGCGACCAGAACCCGGUAUUCCAAGGCCGUGUCUAGAUUCUCUCCGACUGUGAUUUUGGGAAGGAAGAUGGCGGAUCAUGAUUACGACUUUUCUUCAUUGCUUCAUAUCUCUUGAACCUGGAUGAUACCACGACUGCGCGUGACGCAUAAAGACACGGUAAAGAGUUUUCUUUUUUUUUUAGCGGGUAAUGGGACUGUAAUGCGGAGGAUUUGGGCGGACGGGUGAUGGUUGUCAAUUGAUGGCACUACCGCUCAGUCAAAUACAAAAGAAUGUUCAUUA